AUGGAGACCACAGAAUUCCUUGACCCUGUGGUGGACUUUCCACUAGACAUUGACCUUGCAUUGUCUGAACUCUUUCAAAAUGACUCUGAAGAUGAUCCUCAAGACGAACCCCCGGCUGAGGCGGACGGCAGACGACCCUCGAUAGAGUCUACUGGCUCUGUGGCUCCCGUUAGCCAAGAUGGGUAUAUCUUCAAGAGUUGGAUGAGAAGCGUCCGUAGCAACAGAACCCAUGUACUUAAACCUCGGAGAGUUGUCAUGAGUUGGCCAGACGAAAAUACAGAGGAAGGCUGUCUCAUAUUUGCUAGAAAUGAACCAGAAACCUUGCCGGAUACGGUCUCUGAUACCUCGUCUGCGCCGGUAAAGAACAUGGAAACUGCAAGUUUCAGCCAGGCAACAUUGAGUGUGGCCGGCAGAGCACGUACGAACACGGUGACCAGUACCAAGUAUAGCACCAGCGUGUUCUCAAACUCCGAAGCGGCUAGGGCAUCCAUUGAUAGCAAUCGGCUGACUACCUCAGUCUCCCUUGAUGAGGCUGCCUGGAACCGUGCUGUUCAGAGACGCCAAAUCCUUCAAGAGCUGGUAGGCACUGAAACCGUGUAUGUGUCUGGACUACGUGCAUUAGGUGAGACUGGAAUUGGACGAAGCGUGGGAACGCUACUGAGGUUACACAGCACGUUUCUCGACGCACUCCGAAUUGCUGUCCCUCGCGUCCCCACCGCCACGUUCGCGGCCUCCAUGAAGUGGAUGGUGGGAAAGAAAGCGUCUAAACAAUCUAGCACUGACUGCCACCGCAAAUCCGUGACCAGUCGAAGGAUGCGUGAACCCGUUGAGCAUCGUAUUAGGUCACGUAGGAAUAUUGCUGCCGAACCCAAUGAAGCUCAGAAGGUAGCUGAAAUUUUGAUGUCAAAGUUGCCAAAGUUCAAAAUCUACGAGGAAUAUGGCGUCAAGUACCACCUGGUAUCACAAGAAAUCGAGGAGCUCCGGAAAACUGUUGACUUUCAAAUGUGGGACAAUGGUACUGAAGCACUCUCUCGAUCAUUGGCACCCAGAGAGUGUCAGGAGCUGAGCCCAAACCAAGCACUUACCAUUGGUGAUCUGCUUGCCAAGCCAAUUCAAAGGGUGUGCAAGUACCAAUUGUUCCUGUCGGAUUUACUGAAAUGCACACCAUCUUCGGACUGCCCGGCAGCGCAUGAAGCUCUCGAGAUGGUUCAUCAGUGCAUGAUUGAUACAGUCCAGGAAAUCAACCGAGCGACUGGGGACCCCGUAGCCAAGGAUCGUAUGGCAAAGACAAUACUCCUCCGAAACAGGCUGGACUUCACUGGUUUUGGCAGGGAUAGGGAUAUCCUUCGCGAAUUUGGUCCAAUUAAGGCUUGUGGUGUUCUACAUAUUACAUACGAGGCCACAGAGUCAAUUGCAGGGGAAUACAUGGCUUGUGCUCUCUUUGCCUCACAUAUCAUUCUGGCUGUUCCUCGUACCGAAACUCGCAAAUUCGGUGUACUAGCUGUUAUUGCUACAACCCGGGCAAAGGUCGAGAAUGUCAACGAGAAACCCGGUUUGCAAUGUACGCGAACGCCCCAUUCGUGGAAAUUUCUGUAUCUUGCCAGCGGGGAAACCUAUGAGCUCGUCAUGACUGCAUGCUCUACAAGGGAGGCGGAUCAGUGGAAGGACCAUCUCCUGCAGAACAUAUCCCCGGAAAUCACGGUAGAUACUCCUAGAAUCGGGACGAAGGUUAUGUUCCCGAUCAAAAGACGACCCGUGGUAACGAUCAAUGAAGCGGGUAAUAUGGUCCAGCCCAUCUGCAGGCUAGUCCGUAUCAAAGGAACAGAGGCCAUUCCACGACUGAAUCAAACGCCGAGUAUGUCACCAUCGAGACCUCAAACCCUUCUUGUCACCCCAAUGGAAACCUUAGCGCCGAACCGUCAGACCAGAAUUCGUAUGGAGAGGUGGUUAUCUGAUAUGUGGACUUGUGAUAUCAUCCCAUAUCCUGGAAUGCCAGGACGCGGCGAACUGUUCAUCCGAUCCCAGGCUGGGUCGUUCUUUAGGAGCCUCAGCAGUCGUCGCCCAUUCUCCCGUCGUGCCAGCAGCAUUGCAUCUGCUACGACUCAGUCAAUCAAGUCUCACUCAAGGGCCGAAGAGACGGACACGACAACCCCCACCAGCCCCAUCUCCAACCACAGCACUCGGGAGUUGGAUGAAACAAUCGACGCCCACCCAUUGAGAAGCUCUUCACCAGACUACACAGCCUUGCCGCAGAUCAAGUGUGCUGACGAGAUGGUGCAACAUGAAGCUCCAGGGACCAGCGCCAAAUACGUCAAGGAGGGCACCAAGACGGGCAAACGUACCAGGUGGGGUGUCUCAAUAUUUACGACUCCAGGCCGCUCUCGUCGUACCAGGCCGGUUGAAGUGUAG